GUCGCAUGUUCACCAGCCGCUGCCACUUCUCCCUUUUUGCAGCGAUAAGGAAAUCCCAUACUGUACCCACACCUACACCAACACCUCCACCCUCGAAGCAUAUCGACAUCCGACUUGAUCACCUUCCUUGCAAUAUAAUCCGACAAUUCAACUGCGCUCUCCACCAAAGAUUUUCAUCGCGAUCCCUCAAUUUGCCUGUCAAUCCACCCAUACGUCAUACCAAACUUAUUGACCCCUGCGAAGCAAUCAGAAGCCGACAGAUAUUCCACUUGGACCGACCAUCUUCAAGACAACAACACCAACACGCGACAGCCAAACUCACAGGGUUGUCUGCGAGCGAGCAUAAGAUGUCUAGUGUAAGAACUCGUCGGCAGGCCGCCGCAAUGGCAACACCAGAAACACCCACACCACCACCAAGGGAAAAGGAGAUUCAGAAACCCAUCAUGAACGGAAAUGGAUCAGCUCAUGCCCAAGAAAAGAUCGAUUCUCCAAAAGAGAACAUAUUUUUGUUCUGGCCCAACAUCAUCGGUUAGUCGCAGAUGUAUUUGUGAAUGGCCAGGUCAGCAGCUAACACUACUUACAGGCUACAGCAGAAUCGUUCUCGCAUUCGCAUCUUUAUAUUAUAUGCCACUUCACCCGCGCACUUGUUCCAUACUCUACAGUAUCUCGUGUCUUCUCGAUGCCUUGGACGGAUAUGCAGCAAGGGCUUUUGAGCAGUCGACUCGGUUUGGAGCUGUUCUCGAUAUGGUGACUGAUCGUUGCACAACAGCCUGCUUACUGGUUUUCCUUUCUUCUGCCUGGCCCCGUUAUUCUCUCGUCUUCCAAGGCCUGAUCUCGUUGGAUUUGGCUAGUCAUUACGUCCACAUGUACGCGACCUUGAUUAUGGGCGGUUCAGAUACAAGUCAUAAGAAAGUGGACAAGUCCCGAAGCUGGAUUCUCAAUUUAUACUACACGAACAAGGUACAUUUUACCCCAAGUUUUCCAUGGGAGCGUAUUUUUGGGAGCGAAAUACUAAUUAUUUUCACAGACGGUCCUAUUCCUCUUCUGCGCCCUCAACGAAAUUUUCUUCAUCGCCCUCUACCUCCUCUCCUUCUCGUCACCCUUCCUCUCUCCCUCCUUACUAGAAGUCAAAAAAACCGACGGCGCCGGCUCCACACUUCUCCCAGGAAGCCCCUCAGGACCAUCGGCAACCUCGCUCAUCUUCGCCAACCCACACAGUGCCGCAGCUCUAGAAUUCGCGCGCGCCAACAAAAUGGACUCGACGAUCCCAUGGAUCAUUGCUGGAAUCAGUUUCCCAGUUAUGGCGGGGAAGCAAUUCAUCAAUGUAAUUCAGUUGGUCAAGGCGAGUAAGUGGUUAGCAGAGGGUGACUUGGAGUUAAGGAGAGCUGCUGGGUUGCCGAGAGCAAAGAAGGAGAAAUAGGCGAUCAAGUUUAUGAUCGGGAAAUUCUUUUGCGGUAGGGGGUCAUCCAUUGGAGUGUUUGACUCCAAGAAUGGAGGGCUUCUUUUCUCUCGUUUCGUGUAAAUCUAUUUUAUUUUCUUCCUCUUCUACUUUUUCCUCCAGACACCCCAUGAGUUCUGUACCCUUUGAUUUCAUCGGAUGAUGGUUGUCGUUGUUGUUGGGGGAGGGGGCACCUUCGCUCUUAUUUACUAGAUGGGGAACUGGCGUUGAUUGAAUGAUCACUUUGGGAGGCACGCAUGUUCUAUACAAUGAAUGCAACGAGACGAGACGAGACGAGACUUUGAAUCUGGAUGACGGGUGGAUGGAUGGGUGUAUAUGAAUGACCCGUACCCGUCAUUGGUUGGUAAUCUUUAAUAUGAGUUUUCUUCAUGUUAAUGUUGUGAUUGUGGUUCUGAGGACUAUCUAUCUUCCGCGAUACUGUAGAAUUUGUGUAACUCCAAGACAAAAAGGAAUGAUUGGAUUAUUCUAGAUGCUGGUAGAUAAGAUACCCUGUCUGUAUCACUUUGAUGUUGUGUAUGGCGUACCACUAUCAAACAAACCUGCAGCUUAGGAGUAAGGCAUCUAGAGGAAUAGUUGGGUUGGUCACUCCAUGUGAUAUAGCCUGUAGUUAUAUCUAUCUGGCAGUUUUUCAACACAACCAAACCCAACCAAAUCCAACUGAACACGUCACGCUCUAUACAUUCUGUACAUCGAUACAUGUAAAACGUACAUGGUAUAUGGCAAUGUAACCAACCAACCAACCCUUGCUAGUAGUACCUCGUGUGCGGCGUGUCCAAUUGCAUAGGGCAGGCAGCUGGUUUUGGGACAAGACAGAGAUAGAGUGGUUGGGCAGCAUUUGCGUUUCGGUUCGUUAUCUGGGAGUACCUAUAGGUGGUGAGUGAGUCAGAUUCUGUACUGACCACUAACUGGUUUUUUGGUACCCUUUUCUUUGGUGGGUGGUGAAUGGUACGUGGAUGCUGUUUGUUCUGUUCUUCUUUGGUUUCUUGGUGUGGGUUUGGUACAGUGUUGUGGUGAAUUUUAAUCUGUUCCUGGUCCUAGUUUUGGUUUUGAUUUUGAUUUUGAUUCUAGGAGCUGUUUAGAAGUUCAAUAGGUCGGAUAGUUGGUAGUUGGUAACCACAUCCAGACAUCAACAUCAACAUCAACUUCUCGCUCAUCCCACGAUACAGAUACGGACGUCCAUAUCAUACCACAUACCCACUUCCUCACCAACGGAUAAAACUUGUUACCCAUCCCAUUCCAUCCUAUUCCAAAAACGAAAACGCGAUGGCAAUACAACCAUCUUCAAAAUUUCCUUCCCGCUCUAUACAGGAUGUUCCUGCCCCGCCUAAAUACCAACAUCAUAUCUCUCCCAUGCCUCCUCAACGAAACUCCUCACGAGUAAACGAGUUGUCACAAUGUGAGGGUUCUAAUAUGCGAGAAGGAGAUAUUACGCCCUGGACCCGUUUUGGACUUUUUCUUAUAGGUGUCGCUGUUGUGGUGGUCAUGCAUUUUUGCUUGGAUUAUAUGGCGCCUGUGCCGGUGUUGAUGAUUGGGUGGUUGGCUUGGGG